AUGCAAGUCGACAAUGUCCCAAAUGAGAGAUGGGAGAGAAUCUUGUACUUUGUACAUCGAGCUCCACCUCUUUCAGGUACAGGCUGUAAAAGAAAAGCUUACCGUCAACAGGAUCUUACAGUGGUAUUACGGUUAAACAGAGGGAGUGAAAUACUUGCUCUGGGAGCAGAUAUACCCUUGGCUUCUCCGAGAUUCUUCGAUAUCGCUGUGACGAUCUUAUGCUCGAAUCCCAUUGUUGUCGAUCCGUUUCAAUUCGUCUACGGUCUGCCUCAUUCUCCUCCUUCCUACUGUACACCAUUCAAACAUUCUUUACUUCGAAACGUCAAAAGUUUGGAUAUAACUUAUAGACAAGAUCUCAAAGAUACAGUUCGAAAACCGUACUACUACCUGAAAGAACAAGAACGGAAGGAAUGGGAGAACAAUUUCUUUUCUAGAUCGUGA